AUGGUGCAAUUGUUUGAUCACUGUGAUGCUCAUACAAAUGCUGGUAAUGGGAAAACAUCUUCUUUUUACUGUUUAAGUUUACUUCACUUCUCUCGAAAAACACAUUUCGCGGAGCCUGAGCUACUCUAUCGUCUUUGCAGAUUUGAAGAUAUUGUUUUUUUGAGGACAAAGGAAUCUGCUGAUGCAACAAAUGAGAUGCAGAGUCGAACUGGUUUGAUUGAAACUAUCAUUCUUGAGGUCAGAGACAGAGAAAAGAUUGGAGGUGCUUUUGCAAAGUCUAAUGCACUGUGUUGUACUCCAAAACUUGCUCAAGAAAAGUUCUGCACGGUAGGAGAGGUUAUGAUCCAGCACAACCAAGACAACCCACUGUGGCCACUACGUAUUCAGACGUAUUUUGAAGGAAAGAAUCAGGAAGCUAAUAUGCUUCCCGCAACAGUUGAAAUAAAUAGUACUGGGAUGUACUAUCUUUAUUUCAUGUUUUGUGACCCAGCACUUAAGGGAACAAUAAUCAGAGGAAGAACAGUUUGGAAAAAUCCAGAUGGAUACUUACCAGGGAGAAUGGUACCGUUGAUGACUUUCUACGGACUUGCUUCUUUAGCCUAUCUUGUACUUGGUCUAUUCUGGUUCCUGAAGUUUGUCCAGUUUUGGAAGGAUGUUAUACAGCUACAUUAUCAGAUUACUGCUGUCAUUGCCCUUGGCAUGUCUGAAAUGGCUCUCUGGUAUUUUGAAUAUGCAAAUCUUAAUGCCACAGGAAGCAGACCUAUGGUAAUUACGAUAUGGGCAGUCACAAUGACUGCUGUAAAGAAGACGUUGUCUCGUGCACUUCUUUUAGUCGUUUCAAUGGGUUAUGGUGUUGUUCGGCCUACGCUUGGUGGCGUAACCUCAAAAGUGUAUCUUUUAUGCCUAAUGUAUUUUAUUGCCACUGGGGCACUUGAACUUGUGGAGCAUUUGGGCAGCAUCAAUGACUUCUCAAGGAAAACCAAGAUAUAUCUGGUGCUUCCUGUUGUUUUCUUGGAUGCGUCGGUUAUUUUGUGGAUAUUCUCAUCAUUAUCCAAGACAUUGGAAAAAUUACAGAUGCGGAAAAGCAUGGCAAAACUUGAUCUUUAUAGAAAGUUU